AAACCUGCCCCUGCGCCAACAAUUAGUUACUGUAGUAGUACUGGUGUAAUAUCUCCAGCUCCAGAAGAAGGACCUGUCAUCAUAUAAUAUCAGAAACUGCAAUCAGCUGCUACAGCUGUUACCAAAGUUGACUGGUCAAGAUGAAAUGUCUGGUACAGCUGAUCCUGGCUUGUGUGCUUUUCUCUGAAGCAUAUACACUCAGGUGCUAUGACUGUAUAGGUGACGAAUCAUGCAACGGGACUGAAAAAUCUUGCCCAUCUUCAGAUUACAGAUGUGGAAGAGCAAACUACUUUGAGAAUAAGGGAGGUACACUUCAAAUACUGGCACACUCAAAGGCCUGCAUGGAGCCUAGUCAAUGCUCUUCUGGUUCUGUAAGCUCUGGUAUGGGAGGUUUUGUCUACCACGCCGAGUGCUGCGACAGUGACCUAUGCAAUGGUGAAGACCACAAUGUAUCUAUCAGUGCCCGACCCCUGAAUGGAUUGAAGUGUUUUACUUGUUUAGAAAAUAUGUGCACAAAUUCUGUUGACUGUCUGGAAAAUGAAAUUUUUUGCAUGUCAGCUACAGCAAAUUUUUUCAGGUCAUCACACAACAUCAAGGGAUGUGUGUCUGAGAGCCUCUGUCCAUCCAGGGACGUUAAAAUUCACCUGGGCCCUUUGCUGGGCAUGAGUAUGAAAUGCUGCAAAGGGGAGCUGUGCAACAGCGGCCGGCGCAUGGAACAGCGCCUCCCCCCUGCCCUGCUGGCCUUCCUCAGCUGCUUCACCCUCCUCCACUGAAUCAGCACAACGCCUCCGCUCCCUCCCUUUGCUUUGCCUGCCACACCCCCACCAGCACCCGAAUCGAGCUCUGUGUCACAGCACAGCUUGUUUCCUGUUCAGCAGAGGAAUGGAUUCACUCAUAUUUCGGCACACUGUACAUAUGCCCUUUUCUGUUUAUACUAAAAUGGAUUCAACAAAUAAUAAAUUCUGGAAGGUGUGUGUGA